GUUUCUAUGAAUGUUAUGCAGGGGGACACUGAGAUCAGCGUUAAAGAUGACCGCUAUAUUACUUCCAACCGACGUAACCUACUGCAGUCUGAGGUUGUGUCUUUCUUUACACCAGUGGCAGAUAAAUUGAGAUUGAAAGACAGUCAUUCUAUUCAUAGGCCGCGUCUUGAUAUUGUUGAGGAAAAGCCACGGACUAGGACUAUAGUCGUCAGACUGAGCUCUCCGGGGAUGUCAGAAGGCGUACAAACGUUGGAUCACAAAAAUAGUGUGGACGUCAUCACUACAUUUCUACCGAUGGAAACUACGGCCAAGUCAUCAAUGAGCAGUUCUAUCGUUACAAAUGGGUCUGUGCCACACCAAGAGUUAGUACCUAAUAUUCUGCCUAAGGACACAAACACAAAAAGACCUUCAGUACCGUGUGUUUCAUCGAAUACACCGAAUCGAAAGUCACUGUUUACUAAUUUGAUACGCAGACUUUCAACCCCGCGAAACAAAAUAUCUCGCACUAAUAAUUCUUCUGUUCUGUUAACUAAGGGUGAGACAGGUAUGUCACGCAGCGACUCUGGAUCAAGCAAUCCUAGUCCACGAAAGUUACGUAGGUGGUUCACAAAGCGUAUGUGGAAAUCUGCAAAACUGUCUGAUCAAAUUCAUGGAACACGUUGUAGCACAAAUUCACAACCUUCAUUAACCAGUGUUGAUCCUGUUUUAGAGACCCAGUAUACACACUCCACAGUUGACGACUUAUCAGAGGAGUUGCAGUUGGUCACCCAGGACAUUGGAUCUGCUCCAGUCCCCCGUAAGCUCAUAUUCGCACCACAUCCAAUGAAAUCCCCCUCACCGCAUUCACAAAAUGUUCGCGGUCAAAAUUCUAGUUAUAAAGUCGUAGCUCAAGAUACUGGCGUUGAUUACAACAUCCAUGUUUCCAUGCAAUCUGAACUUAAUAAUAUCAGAAUGGAUACUGAAGUCAAAAACUCCCCAAACUGUUCACCAUCUUCUCUAUUUUGUACCACUGGCAUUCAUUCGCCGGUGACCAGUUCCCCACUACUUUCUGCUGUAACACGUGAAAAUAGUAUACGUUCUGUUGGAAACGAAAUUCAUCAUUUCGGAGUACCAUUUCACCAUGACAUAAAUAACAUUGAGCCAAAUAAUCUUCGUCGAUCAGAAGCGUUAAUUUCACAGUCUUGUGCAAAACUUCCACAAUCUGUAGCGUCCCAGUAUCGCACAUCUCCUUUGGCCGUAUGUAGCUAUACACCCAGUUAUCUCAGCGCAUCAGUGGCAGCGUUCGGUUACAGUAAAUAUUACUCAGCAUCAAAAUCAAUUCAUAAUCUAGUCCAUACGGAAACUUCUCCUUUAGUAAUUCAGCAUGCUGUUGGACAUAAGCUAUCCAUUGCCCGUUCUCAUAGUGGGACAUCAGAUAUUAAAAAUGAAGUAGUUACUUCUGCAAUUUCAAGUACAGUGACAAAUACUUUCGGUGAGAAAAAGUCGCGAGUUGUGGGAAAUAUGUGUGGAGAUGCUGGAUCUAUUUUAGAGGAUUCUAAAUCAUCUUGUCGUCGAACUGAGUCUGGUCGUGAUGGCGUUUGGAAUGGUAGCACAGAAAAUGUCAUUUUGAGAAGAAAGAGGACAACUAGUAACACCAAUAACACUGAUGAUCAAGAACAUUGGAAUCGAUCUUCACUCAUUAUGUUGGCAGUCGCUCAUGCUAGUCCUCGUGGUCGUGUUAUAACUCCCACAACUGCACUAAACAAACCUUUCUUUCCAAGCUUUUCAGAUUCCAUCACUGCUUAUAGCGAGGUAAAUAAGAGUAAUGGAGAGCUCAAUACUUCAAUACAACAUAAAACGGAAUUAGUUGAUACACUCAGUAGCAGCGCAGAACUAUCACUUGAAGGAAAUUCAUCUGUAAUAAUUAAUUCUAUCAAAGACAAGCAGUCACUCAACACUGAUUAUACAACGUCGUCAAAUCAGUCAGAAAUUAAAGUAGAUGGGAAUUUUUAUCUUCAACAAGUAGAUCAAACAGAGAAAGAAUUAUUAAAUAAAGUUUGUGAAAUCGAAACUGAUCUUAAUAAUGAAGUUGAUUUGAAUGAUGAAGGUAAUGGUAUCACAUAAUAUACUGUUAUCAGAUAAUAUUAUUUUCGAUAACGUCUGUAUGUACAAGUUAUAUUUUGUUUAUGCAUAAAUUUAGCUGUGAUUUGUUCUUUUAUUCAAGAUGAACGGAUUCUAUUUAAUGAAAGGAACUUAUUUUAUUAUCUAUCCUUCCAUUCUUUAAGUAGUUAGUUGGAUAUUUCAUCAAUAAAUUCAAAAGUCUUGAAUAAUUUGAGUUAUAAUUCAAUGUAUCUUGUUAAAAAAUAGUCAAGGUAAUAGGAUUUAGGACACGUGCUAAACAUUUAGUUGCUAACAUAAUGGUGAUUUUCAGGUCAAAAGAAUAGUCUUGUGGAAACCAGGCUCCCUGAGCUAUGUGUUUUAAUCAAAAACUUUCAUUAUCCUUCUAGAUGACAUCAUCAGCACAAACUUCUGAUAAAAGUGAGCCAUCAAAAUUUGUUUUUUCCAUGUCGAAUUCGAUUGGUGGUUAUUAUUGCUUAUACUGUUAUUUUGUGAACAUUUGCUUUGAUUGUCUUCUCUCCUUACCUAAUUAUUGGCUCUGUACUUGUUUAUCUUGUUUUAAGUUGGUUGAUAAUUUGUCUACUUCACUACUUACUGGUUACUUAUAUAAGCGUGAAUCUUCUAAAAAUUCUCUUUUUGUUUGUGCUACCUCUAUCCAAAACUUCAGCAUUUUUCAAGUCUAACGUCUCUUCAUCCGUCGUUAUGAGCAGAGAUAAUUUGUGACGUUUAGUAACUAAGACAAAGAUGAAAAGGGUGGUCGUUUUGUCCACUGUAAUGUUUUUCGAAGUUAAAGACUAUUCGUCAUCAAAUGGAUAGUUUGGAAAGUGUUGACAGUUUGAUUAGCCAUAUUCUUGAUGACAUAAAAUCGAUAUUGUAUGUGUUAAACACUGAAUAUAACAUGGCAAAUCUAAAACUUCAAGUGUAUAGCUCAAUUCUAUGCAAUGUUUGUACUGUUGUUUUUGUCUGCCAAGACAAUGAAAACUUCAUGAUUAGAAUGGUUAGCUCAGUGAGCGUAACCUCACCGAAAUUUCGUUGCUUCCUGACUAUUCGAACAUAAAAAUAGAGCUAAACGUUGUAAUUCAGUAAAAAAAAUGUCUAAUAAUUUAACCACUUAACAUUAACACUCUCAUGAAUAUGUUUUUAAAAAUCUUUUCUUACUAAUAUGGCAAUAAAUAAUUUUUUAUACAACACAUAAGUAUUCUGAAAUAGUGACGUGUUUCUGGAAACAGUUACAAAUACAUGUUUUUUUUAUUAUCUUAAAAGGUUUAAACUUUUUAACUGACUCACUAAAAAAAAAUCCUUUUAUUAUGCUAAUGUUCAUUUGCAAUUGAUCUAUGGUAGAAUGUAUACCUGUUUUUGUUUUUCUUUACUUGUAUAGAUUAUUAUUUAACUAAGUUGAUAUAACAAAAUUCUAAUUUACAUAUAUUCUAUCUGUGUUUACUUAUUAUAUGAAAAAUCAACUAUAUAAAAUGUUUGUUAGCAUCAGAAUUUUUAAAGAUUCAAUUCGUUUAUUUUCAGUACUUUAGCUCAUCAUACUAUUUCACAUGUUAACUGUUUUUAAACAAAAUAUUCGAUAGCAAAAUUUACCGCUAAGAUUUGUAAUCGGACAAAUUUGAUUUUCUUUUUUUAAUUUACACUUUAAAAUCAUAAAAUUUUUUAUUUACUUCCUGUUUGUGAAAUGUAUAUUGUUUCUUGUUCUGAAAAGCAUAAAAAGUAGUGAAUAGUUUGAAAUUCAUUAAAUAGUGUUUCCUCUUUGUAUCGGAUCAACUGAACUAUAAGUUAAUUUGAAUAUGUACUUCUGAGAUGUUGGCUAACCAGUAUUCGUAAUAAAGCUAAAUCCUAUCAUAGAAUGUAACGAUAAUAGUUCAUUCGUCAGGGCUGUCCACUCUCCC